AUGUUGGAACUCAGAUCUGGAUCAGCAACAAACCAUGUGGACACCAACACUGAAAUCAUCAUUGGUACUAAUAUUCCAUCCAGCACCAUCAGUACGCCACCUAUCGGCGCUAGCAACGCAGAAAAAGUUCCUUCGGGUGUUGCACCGCCAAUCACCAGAACCAGGGCUGCCGAUAUUCCCUCGUGUAAUACACCACCGGUUACCAGAUCCAGAUCUGCUGCUGCCACCCCCAAUAUGUCGUCAAAUACGACACCGCCAACCAGGACCACUACCACUACUACUCCGCCAUCAAGAACAGAAACCGGAGGAACACGAAACCGGCCCUAUGUUACCGUUGCUAAGUUGAUGGAGAAGAAAGAAGUUAUGGACAGAGCCCAGACGUACAUGGUGACAACUCAAUAA